AUGCACUGCUCCACCAACGGCUUCAGUCAAUUCAAGUAGCAGCGCACCGCCGGUGUGUGUGGUUCAGCGUGAAUGUGUGUGUUCUGUGGUUCUUAUUGAGCUGCUUUUCGGAGACCUGUUGGUUGCGGAACCAACCGAAUCCCGAGCCGAUCCGGACUGGUGGGUAAAAGCGGUCGAAGACUCGAGUUUUGGCCUCAUGCUUCGGGAUGUUUUCCGGCCUGUAACGGGAAGCAGAAGGUUUAGGCGCCAGAAUCGUAGCUUCACUGAGACGGACAACCUACAAGCACAAACACGGCUGAAAAUAAAAUACCCGUUGAAUGGAUUUGGAUUCCGGACGAAACGAAUCAGGAGCGAUGGGAGAAUCGAUGCAACCGGCCACACCGAGUCGCCACGAGAAAAGCCUGGGAUUAUUAACCACCAAGUUUGUCACACUGCUGCAAGAAGCCAAGGAUGGAGUGCUGGACCUCAAAGCUGCUGCUGAUACGCUGGCUGUACGACAGAAGCGGCGGAUAUACGACAUCACCAAUGUUCUCGAAGGCAUCGGGCUGAUCGAGAAGAAAUCAAAGAACAGCAUUCAGUGGAAAGGUGUAGGCCCUGGCUGCAACACACGAGAGAUCGCCGAUAAGCUGAUUGAUCUGAAGCUGGAGCUGGAAGAUCUGGACAGAAGAGAACACGAGCUGGACCAGCAGAGGGUCUGGGUUCAGCAGAGCAUCAAAAACGUGACCGACGACUCACAGAACAGCCCUCUGGCCUACGUGACGCAUCAAGACCUCUGCAACUGCUUUAAAGGUGACACUCUGCUAGCGAUCCGAGCGCCCUCAGGCACACAGCUGGAAGUGCCGAUCCCAGAGUCUGUUGUAAAUGGACAAAAGAAGUAUCAGAUCCAUUUGAAAAGUUCCUCGGGUCCUAUCGACGUCCUCCUGGUGAACAAGGACCCAUCCAGCGCCUCUCCGGUCGUCUUACCCGUUCCUCCUCCUGAAGACAUGCUCCAGAGUCUCCCAGCGUCCUCAGCUUCUGCUCCGUCAGCACCUGUCGCUGCCACGCCCGCCAAACCCGCAGGAAACAGUACAACAAGUACAGCUGUAAACAACCAGAGGCCCACAAACACGACCGCUGCACCCGCUACAGAAGCCCACAGCACUGCCCCUUCAGACACACCAGCCAAUCAGAAUCCAGCAGAGGACAGCCAGCAACUUCAGUCCUCAGCCUCGCUGGACAGCAGCUCAUCGCUUCCCGAGUCUUCGGCCGUCUUUGAACCGAUCAAAGCGGACCCUUCAGAGUUGCUGGAUCUCCCCAAAGAACUUUCAGAAAUGUUUGAUCCUACAAAAGAAAUCAUGAGUGCAGAUCUACUGGAAGAGCUCAUGUCCUCAGAAGUUUUCUCUCCACUCCUCCGCCUCUCACCGCCCCCAGGUGACCACGACUACAUCUACAACCUGGACGAGACCGAGGGCCUGUGUGACCUUUUUGACGUCCCUAUCGCCAACCUUUGACCUCCACCCGCUCGCGUUCAGAGUAGCACGCCUGUAUUUAAUGAAAGAAGCUCGUCUUUUAUUUCAAAAGACCGGGCUGCAUUUCAGAUCCAUGUGAAUAAGCUGAUUUUAUGUGUGUAUAUAGAGUUGUACGUUUUAUGUUUUUGUUUCCGUUUUCCUCUUUUUGUAAUAUCCUUUAACCCAAAGCUGCGAGCUACUGAAAAGUGGCACAGAACGUUCCCUUGCCUCGCUCUGUGCCUGACAUGAGGCUUCACCCGUUUAUUUUAAAAGCGUUUGAACCCAACACAUGUAGAACCUGGCUUCCUCACCUAGGAUGAAGGCAUUGUUUUGCUACUUUGAUCAAAUCCACAAGCAGAAACACCAGCAGGAAUACCAGCUCUACUCCCUGACCUGUGGGUUUUUUUUUUUUUUUUUUUUCCUCCUUUUGCUCUUAUUUACCGAUCUGCUUUUCCACAGUUGCACUGUUUUUAUCACGUUUGUCCUGCAAGCCAUUUUAAAAACAUCGACUUAUUGUAGAAGUAGUUUACACAAGUUUCAUGGCAGUACUGCACAUCAGACAUUAUACGACGAAUUUUGAUGAACUUGAUCCAUAUGUUUUGUCAGUGUAAUCAAAUUUCCCUUUGACUAGCAGACUCCAAUAUUACACGCAGUUCUAUAUGACUGCCUGUUAAUCGUGGUGCGGUGGGGUUUAGCCCUCGUGUCAUCUCUAGAUAAAGAGAGCGAUGCAGCAGCACUUUAGUCCUUCGGUUUGUCCCGGUAAAACAGGUCAGAUUCCAGACCCUAAACUUUCACCCUCGGUGCCGUCGUGGCUGCAGUGCAUCCCGGGACGUCGAGUCCAGCGUCUCCUUUAAAUCUGCGCUUCGUUACUGAUCGUGACGCUUAUGGUGGCAGGACGGCAAGAAAGAAAACCCCGGCGGUGUUGUUCCUCUUGUUAAAAACCAUCCUAAAUGUGACUCUUGGAAAUGACGGAGAAUCUUUACCACACAUCCCAUAUGUUUCAUCGCCGACAGGGUUUCAGGGUGAUUCUGAGUCGGAUUUGCAAGGCAUCCCCCCCCCCCCGAUUUUUUUUUUCCAAGCACCGUAGUACUUAGGUUGAAGCACAGCUUUUACGUUUACUCAUGUCGCAAAAAUGCUUUUAUCCAAAGCAGCUGAAGGUCAAGGGCCUUGCUCAAGGUCUCAUCAGUGUCUCAGUAGUUCCUCUCACAACCCUUUUUGGUCCAUUACUCCAGUGUGGAUCAAGAUUUAUAUAUAUAUAUAUAUUUUUUUGUUUUGUUUCAUUUUCUCCACCUCUUCACAUAUGUUUAAUUCAUUUGAUGUAAUUCACUUAACGGGACAGAACCUUUUAACCCAUAACUAAUUCCAGGCUUUAAUGUCCGUCUAUCAGAUUAUAUCACCUGUAUAAUUUAUGAUGUUAAAUCUGCCAGCACCCCCCCCCACCCAAGAAUGUGCUUAACCUUUUUCUCAUCUCUUAUUCAUUUGCUUGUAUGUAUAUGUAUUUUCUGUCAUUGUAGCGAAAAUAAGUUUGUAUAUGCACAUGACUAUGUAAAGAAGGACCGCAUCACAUCUUGAUCUUCUCCAUCGAUUUAUCACAGCUCUGGGACAGAACUGUUCCCUAUUUUUAAAAGGAAAAAAAAUGUAUUGCUUUUAGCUGAAGGAUAUUUUUAUGGUUGUACACCCUCAUUAUUUUUGUACAGGCUAGUUAGACAGACGAAUACGGCAUGCACAAUACAGACGACCUCUUUUUGUUCCUCUGAUGACAACAAGGUCAUCUCCAUAUCCGCACUUUACAGCAGUACGAUCACUCGGGUUUCAUUCGUCCACUCCUUUCUGCUGGACUUCGGUUCAAGUCCAGUGAAAUUCUUCAGCCUUCAGUUGUCUUCUUCUGUCUCGACGCCAUCCACUGAGGUGAUUUGUAACGGAGUAGCCUGCUGGCUGUCUGUGAAAGAAAUAAACAACAGUUUUGUAA